UAAUCAUUUGAUGAUUAUAAUAUGUACCGAUGUUUUUUUCUGUCAUUGCAGGCACAUGCCAAGACUUUGAAGCAUUUGCCCAUAUCUAUGCGCCUUAUCUUCGUUUCCACCACACGCAAGGCGAGGAUGGGUACUGCUUCCCCCACAAUGCUUCAGAUUACUAUGACCUCAGGGGCAGCGGCGUCACCUCCAAGCAGUGUAACCUUGACUACCAGUCCGUGAAGGACGGUUCAGUACCCACGUACUGGCACGCGCAGAUCUGUGGCUACCACAUGCACAUAGCCUACUGGUCUUUCUAUGGCUACAACCACAAGUGUGACCUCACAGGAGGAGAAAGAGACGCAUUCUGGGAGUCUGUCGUAGUGAAGGUUCGUGACUGGGACCUUGACCCGCGCAUGCACGAGGUCAGGUUCAGCCAGAAGGACGGCUGGUACACCAGAAUCCCGGGGCACUACGAGACCCGCGACGAGACCCACCCCGUGGCAUACGUGGGCAAAGCCAACCACGGGUUCUAUCACGACGAUGGCGGCACCAACACCUGUUGCUAUUACGAGGACACCCGCAAUCCAGGGGAUCAAAACCAGUACAUGGAGACUUGGCUGAACCUCGUGGAACUGAAAAAUGGCACAGAGGACUGGAUGAUGGAUCCGGAUACGUCAGUUUGGGGUGGCCUGACUGUCCCGACUUUGAGACCGGACUUCGAUCUGUGUCAUUUGAAUGGAUGCACUGGAUCUCAUGUUCAGAUUUGUGGCACUUGUGGGUGUUCGAAAAGCGACAUUGGAGACGAACCGUUUUAGUAAAAGAGGAAACGAGUGAGAAGAUCAAUUUGAAAUGAAGGAAAUUUGUAGCCGAGUCUGGACAGACGACCAAAAGCAAUUUGAGUCGAAUUCUAUCAAGAUUUUUAAGCGUUUUUUUUUUUUCUCUUCUGUCAUCAUCGUUUUCCUUCUGUAAUUUAACGCUGAAUAAGUCGCUUCGAAUUAUGACAGCCUAACUGAAUUUCUUUAGAUAUGUGAUUAACUUUCAUAGUUCUUAAUUCAGUUUCAUUUAGAAAUUGUCAUUUUUCCUUGCUGUGUAAAACUAACAAGGAAAUAAACUUCCUACUGAA